UAUUAUGCUAUGACAUGAAUGCAGUGGAUCAGUUUUGGAUCUCAUUAAGCUCAUGGUAGGCUUUUUAGCAUUAAAAGUGCACUAAUGAUGCACUACUCAAACUGGCUUGUUGGCGUGAAAAACAGGGCAAGCCUUCGAAAUGCCUGCAAAACACCUCCUAACAUGGACUGGAGCAACCGGGGCAAUGUUGCCGACAUGCAGAACAACAGUCCGCAGCCUAAUAAUGACAAGACAGCCGUCACCAACCACCUCUGGAAAAAAGGCUACAAAACAGUCAAGAAGAUCGGGGAGGGCACAUUCUCAGAGGUGUUGAAAACUCAGAGCCUGAAAGAUGGGAAGUUCUAUGCCUGUAAAACCAUGAAGCAGACUAUUAACAGUCUGGAGCAGGCCAAUAACCUGAGGGAGGUCCAGGCAAUGAAGAGACUGAGCCCACAUGCAAAUAUCAUCCAGCUACAUGAACUCAUUUUUGACAAAGAAACCGGAACUGUGUCUUUGAUUUGUGAGCUGAUGGAGAUGAACAUCUAUGAGUUCAUACAAGGAAGACAAACGCCACUGCCGGACCACACAGUAAAGAACUACAUGUACCAGCUUUGCAAGUCACUUGAACAUAUUCACAGCUGUGGGAUCUUUCACAGAGAUGUGAAGCCAGAAAACAUUCUCAUCAAACAAAACAGUCUGAAGCUUGCAGACUUUGGUUCGUGUCGGAGCGUUUACUCCAAGCCGCCACAUACAGAGUAUAUCUCCACACGCUGGUACAGAGCCCCCGAGUGUCUCCUUACUGACGGCUACUACGGCUUAAAGAUGGACAUGUGGAGCGCUGGUUGUGUCUUCUUUGAGAUCAUGAGUUUGAAUCCUCUCUUCCCUGGAACCAACGAGUUGGACCAGGUGGCCAAGAUCCACGAUGUGCUGGGGACUCCAGAUGAAAGUAUCCUCAGGAAGUUCAAGCAGUCUAGAGCGAUGCAUUUCCACUUCCCGCCUAAAAAAGGCAGCGGUAUCUCCCGGUUAGUCCCUCAGUGCCCGGCUCCAGCUCUGUCCCUGCUCUACCAGAUGCUCGCCUACGACCCCGGAGAACGCAUCGCUGCAGAAACAGCCCUGCGGCACACCUACUUUAGGGAAUUCAGGCUGGCAGAGAAGAAAGCUGAAACUCUACACAGAGUUUCUGGCAGUUUGGCUGGAAUAGAGAGCAGUGGGAUGCACAACUCCUUAGAUCACAUCUGGCGCCCAACCCGACUUGGCAAACAGCUGAGGGGAAGACACACACGGCAAACCCCUUUAAUAAGCCACAACAUGAAGCAUGUAGCAGAGCCCCUCAUCCGCCGUAACGCCCCCCACUACCCCGUAGAGCUGCCCAAACUCAACAUGGUCGUACCAGGACCGCAGAUCUCCUUCCCAGCCUCCAGCAUGCCGGCAUUCACCGUCACCCACCGAGGCACACUGCCAACCAUCACGUCGAAAAAGUGCCAGUCACGGUUGGCCAAGCCCCGGGAUGAGUCACACCGCAACGCUUUCAAGACCCACUAUAUCCCACCUCUGGAUAGGAAACACGGAGGCUACUGACAGCCAAAGUCACUUCAACGUUCCAUUAAAAACGGCCUCUAAAAACAGGACAGACCUGUACUGUCAGUCACAUUGUCGGCAGGACAAUGUUUGGACAGGCCUGAUGUUGAAAUCUGUAAAGCAACACAAACAUGUUUGACAAAAAUGCAACCAAGACCGCCAAGCCUGUCAUUUUACCAGUGGUGAGCGAUGGUUAUGACUGUUUCCAACCCUCACUGUAAUGAUGAAAUUCAAUGUGAUAUCUACACAAACAAUAUUAGAGUCAGUCAUAUUAUGUUGGAUUGAGAGUGUGUAGUUUAGUUAUGAUCUCAGUUUUAACUUGACCUAGUCAGGUGUUACAUGUUUACAACUGCUUAGAAAUAUACUUCAAUCUGAGCCUGUUAAACAAGCUAAGCAAUAAGAUGUGUGACAAGUGAACAGACAUUCACCACCAGUGAAUGUAACAGUAGAACAUCUGUGAUGAGGAACAUAAGUCAACUUCCUGGAAAGUAACAAGAGCGCAUUCAAAAAGUAGUCACACCCCUCGGAUUUGUCUUCUUGUACUUUACAACUUUGAAACACAAAAUGAUUAAAUAAGCUGUUUUUUUUAACACUGAUCAACAGAAAAAUACUUGAAAAAACAACACUUUUAUCUUGUAGAAUAUGUGUUAUUGUGUGACACGGGCAGUGGUGUAAAAAGUAUUCAGAUCUCUUACUUAAGUAAAAGUACUACCAC